CCUGAAUCCCACCAAGAACUGUGUUGAACCCUGAGUCGCCACAAUGAGCAACAAAUUCCUGGGCACCUGGAAACUUGUCUCCAGUGAGAACUUUGACGAUUACAUGAAAGCUCUGGGUGUGGGGUUAGCCACCAGAAAACUGGGAAAUCUGGCCAAACCCAGUGUGAUCAUCAGCAAGAAGGGGGACUAUAUAACUAUACGAACUGAAAGUGCCUUUAAAAACACAGAGAUCACCUUCAAGCUGGGCCAGGAAUUUGAAGAAACCACAGCUGACAAUAGGAAAACCAAGAGCAUUGUAACCCUGGAGAGAGGCUCACUGAAUCAAGUACAGAAAUGGGACGGCAAAGAGACCACCAUAAAGAGAAAAUUGGUGGAUGGGAAAAUGGUAGUGGAAUGUAUGAUGAAGGGCGUGGUGUGUACCAGAAUUUAUGAGAAGGUCUGAAGAAAACAUUUCCCACUGAAGUGGUAUUUAGUCACUUAAUAUUGGAAAUAAAUUGCUUCCACUGGCAAGACCCAACUACUCUCCAGUUUGCUUUUUUGUUUUUUGUUUUUUGUUUGUUGUUGUUGUUGUUUGUUUUGGCUUUUGUCUUAACAUGCCAGAUUGAGGAAGCCCUUAACUGAGUAUUAAUCUAAAAUUCACUGCUAUUUAAACAUUUUCAAUGUGUAUACAUGUCCUUAUUAUAUUAAAGCAUUUGUGUUUGGCCAGA